AUGGACACUCUUCAGUUGAUGACACACAGUUUGUGCUUUGGGCAUCAAAUUGUCUACAGUCCAACGUCUCUGCCAACUCCAGUGAUGGUUGCACUUGAAUAUGCUAAGCGUGGACGAAACAAUUACAAUUAUUGGAGUAAUUCUGGCUCUGGUGGUAAUCUCAAUGGUGGUAAUAAUGGCGCUAAUUUGCAAGAUCACAAGCAACUUACAGAAACUCUUUCCUAUGAGAAAUCCGUUUUUUUGAAACAUAUGCGCGUUAAUGCUUAAAAACAAUUUUGCUUAUUUAAUUUCACUCUAUUUAAAAUUUCACUCUUUAUUUAAAAAUCUGAUAUUUUAUCAAAACCUCUAUAUAUAUUACAGUCGAAUCUCUUUAACACAAACCCCCUCG